AUGGCGUUGAGGUUUGUCAUUGGUUCAUCACUUCGGCCGGUGUUGAACACCCAGGUACGCAAUGUGGCAGCGUUGUCCAUAAAAGACGUGCUAGCAAAUCAGCCUUCCUGUGAAGUGCAAACUCUGCAAAACGGUUUCCGUGUUGCAGCGGAGGAUAACGGAAAGCAAACGGCAACCGUCGGAGUGUGGAUUGAGACGGGAUCUCGUUACGAGAAUGAGGGAAAUAACGGUGUUGCACAUUUCCUUGAGCGCCUUAUGCACAAGGGAACUGGUAAACGCGCCGUUAGUGCUUUGGAGAGUGAGCUAGAGUCGAUUGGUGCAAGGAUGCAGUCCUACACUACUCGAGAUCGCACGGCCGUCUUUGUGCAGUCGUCUUCACAGGAUGUCGAGAAAGUGGUGGAUAUUCUUGCUGACGUCUUACGUAACAGCAAAUUGGAUUCAUCUGCAAUAGAAGCGGAGCGCGAAGUACUGCUUCGUGAACUGGAGGAGAAAGAAGAUGAUUUACAGGGAGUAACCAUGGACAAUCUUCAUGUUGCUGCCUUCCAGGGUACAUCCAUGUCGAAGAGCCCCCUUGGUACUACCGCAUCUCUCAAGGCUAUCACUGGGCAACAUCUGAAAGAGUGGCAGGAAGAUAACUAUCGUCCUAUUAGAAUGGUGCUCUCAGGUGUUGGUGGUGGCUGCUCUGGCUCGAAGUUGCUCGGUCUUGCCGAGAAAUAUUUCGGUGAUCUUAGCAAUGAAUACCCAAGGAAGGUCCCUGAGGCUGGUGGUAUCCGUUUUACUGGAUCAGAAUACAGAUAUCGUAACGACUACAUCCCACAUAUGUAUUCUGCUGUAGCUGUUGAGGGUGUCGGAUAUGGACACAAGGACGCCCUUGCUCUCCAGAUGGCCAAUCAAUUUAUUGAAUAUCAUAUUCAGGCUAUCACAGGCCAACAUCUGAAAGAGUGGCAGGAAGAUAACUAUCGUCCUAUUAGAAUGGUGCUCUCAGGUGUUGGUGGUGGCUGCUCUGGCUCGAAGUUGCUAGGUCUUGCCGAGAAAUAUUUCGGUGAUCUUAGCAAUGAAUACCCAAGGAAGGUCCCUGAGGCUGGUGGUAUCCGUUUUACUGGAUCAGAAUACAGAUAUCGUAACGACUACAUCCCACAUAUGUAUUCUGCUGUAGCUGUUGAGGUGAGAUGUGGACAAUGGGACGUUACUCAUGCCACCUCACGUACUGCUCCUUCGCGCUGGGUUCAGAAGAUUUCACACGAGCAUGGCCUCCAAUUCCUUCAACACUUCAACAUUCACUAUAAGGAUACCGGUCUGUUUGGAGUGUACUUUGUCAGUAACGGAGACGACCUCAUCAACUCACAGGGCAUCAUGAGGAGCAUCCAGCAUGAAUGGAAGCACCUUUCUGUCGCCAUCUCAGAAGAAGAGACAACACUUGCACGAAAUCAGCUUCGAACUGACCUCUACCAAAACCUUGAAACAAAUACCCAAAAGGCAGAGCAUAACGCCAAGGAGCUGCUCUACACUGGAAAAGUAAGGUCCUUGGCUCAGUUGGAGGAGGAGAUUUCAAGCAUCGAUCAUAAUGUAUUGCGAGCGGCCAUCUUCAGACAUGUAUAUGAUAGAGAUACGGCCAACGCGGGCGUCGGUUCCACCGAAGCAUUCAUGAGCUACGCACAUACACGAGCAGCCAUGUCAUGGUGGCGACUGUAA